GUAAAGAUUCCGAUUUCAGUUUCUCCCUCCAGAAACUUCUCCCUUCCCUGGUUUCCUCCUCCUCUGUUUGGUUCCCGAGAAAACGCAAGAAAGUGGAAGAUUUCCUUUGCUUCUCGAGGAAGGAAGCCAAAAACGCUAACUAGCUAGUUAAAUAUUUGUACAAUCCUACUCUGUGUGCCUUAGCUCUGGGAAAAUAAGCUCGAGAUUCUUGAGAAAAUGGCCAAACAGUUCUUAUGUUUGUACCUAAGCGUGUUUGUUUUCUCGGCAAACUUGUUUCUUGAGGCUAGUACGACUACGGAUACGCUUGACGGAAAAGGAUUUGGAUUUUGUUUCCUCUUGGUACUUGACCUAAAAAUUCUGGCAGUUUCAGCUCUCCAAGAUUUGUACCAUGCCCUGAACAUCUCACCUCAGCUGAAGAGAUGGAAAUUGGAUGCUGGAGAUCCUUGUGAGGAACGGUGGACAGGAGUGUCAUGUUCUGGGUCAUCUGUGAUACACCUUAAACUUCAAGGAUUAAACCUCACUGGCAGCCUUGGAGGCCAACUCAAUAAUCUCAAUAACCUGGAGCACCUGGAUGUUAGCUCUAAUAACAUCAUUGGUGAAAUUCCACCUCGCCUACCCCGUAAUGCCACUUAUAUAAAUUUGGCAUACAACAAUUUGACCAGAUAUAUACCUCAUUCUUUAUCUUUUUUGACACAUCUCCGGCAUCUGAAUCUAAGCCACAAUUUAUUGUCUGGACCAAUUGGCAAUGUGUUUUCUGGUCUAAAGAAUCUAAAAGAAAUGGAUCUAUCAUAUAAUGACUUUUCUGGAGAUCUACCAUAUUCUUUUGGCUCUCUGAAAAAUCUUACAAAAUUGUUCUUGCAAAGUAACAAAUUUACUGGAUCAGUUGUAUAUCUGGCAGAGCUUCCAUUAACUGACCUGAACAUUGAAGACAAUCAUUUCAGUGGCCUUAUUCCUCAGCAGUUUCGGUCAAUUCCAAAUUUAUGGAUUUGGGGAAACAUGUUCCACAUAGGAUCCAACUAUCCUCCUUGGACUUUCCCUUUGGAUAAUGUUUCGACCGUGCAAAAUAUAAGUAGCCCACCAUCAACUCAGUCAAGUGCCGUUGUGGCCUACCCAUCUCUUGAAGUAAGUGCACCUAAUAGGAAAAGGCUAAGCCUAGGAGCAAUUGGUUCUAUAGUGGCUGGGGUAGUUCUGGUGGUCACUGGUGCAGUAUUGCUCUUUGCAAUCCACAUUAAACGAUCUAAUGCACAAAGGCUUAACAGCUUCGAGAGCAGUGGUAACAUACUUCACUCUCUUCCGGAUAAUGCAGAAAGAGAUUUUCCUUCUACUGCAGCAGAAGAGACCCCACAUUUCUCAUCUAUCAGCCCUUCACCUGUUCUUGGAAUGAGGAAUGUUUCUCCUGCCCACCUGACUGGAAUGGACAAAAUGAGUAAAAGAGGAAAAAAUUUUGCAAAGCAACAUAGUUUGACAAGAAUUGCAAAUGCUUACACUUUGGCAGAGCUUCAAUUAGCUACAAACAGCUUCAGUGAAGAGAACCUUCUUGGAGAGGGAUCUCUUGGUUCUGUUUACAAAGCCGAGUUACCAGAUGGCUAUGUUAUGGCUGUGAAAAUCAUCAACAUGGUACCAUUGUCAUUCUGUGAAGAAGAGCAAUUCAUGGAUGUCAUUCAGAUAGCAUCACAACUAAGGCACCCCAACCUUGUAACACUUCUUGGUUACUGUGUGGAAAAUGGACAGCAUCUCAUUGUCUACGAGUAUGUAAGAAACUUUUCUCUUGAUGAUGCUCUGCAUAAUGAAGCCUUCAAGCCACUGCCUUGGGGCCUACGCCUCUAUAUUGCCCUUGGUAUUGCUCGAGCUUUGGACUAUUUGCACUCCCAAUUCUCACCUCCUGUUGCUCAUUGCAACAUAAAGGCUGCCAACAUUUUACUUGAUGAAGAACUUAUGCCUCGCAUAUGUGACUGUGGGCUAGCUAUUCUAAGGCCAUUUGCAACCAACUCUAUCAAACUUAAGGCAUCUGAAAUUGCUAUUACUGACGUUGGCUAUGUCGCACCUGAACAAGGGCAGCCAGGAAGUGACAACACAAAGAGUGAUGUGUAUGCCUUUGGAGUGUUGCUUUUGGAGUUAUUAACAGGAAGAAGGCCAUUUGAUAGUUCAAGACCAAAAGAGGAGAAAUCUCUGGUGAAAUGGGCUUCAUUCCAGCUUCAUGACAGAGAUUGUUUGGAUCAAAUGGUUGAUCCAAGAGUUAGAAAGACAUUUUCUUCCAGGGUUCUCUCGGGCUUUGCUGACAUUGUCUCCCUGUGUACUCAGCCUGAGAAGGAGUUCCGACCACAGAUGUCUGAAAUUGUGGAAUACCUUACAAGUCUGUUACAAAAGCUUGGCAUGGAAAAAGGCAGUCUAGCGGAUGGUACUGAAGUUGACAUCUGGGAGAAAUCUUUCCGUUCAGCUGGCACUCGUUUGAUAACCUCCCCGCUAAUGAGUCCACAAUCAGCAUAUUUUUCUUUAAUCACAUAAAUUUUUUAGGACUAGACUUUUAGAAUUACUGAUCACAUGUCCAAUUCUGCAACUGAACAGUCCAUGCAUUGACAAUUUUUCUUGUUCUCCUAAUGUCCUGAAAACUGAGCUUUCCUUUUGUUAGGUCCAGACCAUUUUUGCAGUUUGCUGUUUGAUUGGCAUUCUUUGUAAUGAUUUCUCAAGACAAGACGCUAAGAACUGCUGAUUUUAAGUACUUGUAUGAUUUUUCAGAAUUUUAAUGCAUAACUGCAUGUUCAGAAUGACCU